CUGCUGAGGCACCAGUUGUCCCUGUCAAGCAGGGUGUAUCAUGAUUUCUUUUGGAGGAAUUGCUGCCAAGCUGGAAAGAGACCGUCUGCGAGCUGAGGGUGUGGGUGAUCACGAGAAUUCUGUGAAGUACCUUGGUCAAGAUUAUGAUACCCUGAAGCAAGAAUGUUUGGAGAGUGGAACAUUAUUUGAAGACCCCGUAUUUCCUGCUGUUCCCGCAGUCCUUGGCUUCAAGGAACUGGGCCCUAAUUCUAGCAAGACCCGUGGGGUGCACUGGAAGCGCCCAUCAGAAAUUGUAGAUGACCCUCAGUUUAUUGUUGGAGGCGCAACAAGAACAGAUAUCUGCCAGGGGGCUUUGGGUGACUGUUGGUUAUUGGCUGCCAUCGGUUCCCUGACUCUCAAUGAGGAACUCUUACAUCGGGUUGUACCCCAUGGACAGAGCUUCCAGGAGGACUAUUGCGGUAUUUUCCACUUCCAGAUAUGGCAAUUUGGCGAAUGGGUAGAUGUGGUAAUAGAUGACAGAUUACCAACCAAGGAUGGAGAACUCGUGUUUGUGCACUCAGCCGAGUGUCAAGAGUUUUGGAGUGCUCUGCUGGAAAAAGCUUAUGCCAAGUUGAAUGGCUCUUAUGAAGCCCUGUCCGGGGGUAGCACCACUGAAGGCUUCGAAGAUUUCACAGGUGGUGUGGCAGAAAUGUAUGACCUCAAAAAACCACCUCGCAAUUUAUCCAAAAUCAUUUGCAAAGCCCUUGAGAGAGGAUCUCUGCUUGGCUGUUCCAUUGAUAUUACAAGUGCAUUUGACAUGGAAGCAGUUACCUUCAAGAAACUGGUGAAAGGUCACGCCUACUCAGUCACAGGAUUUAAAGGAGUGGAGUAUCGUGGCCGUCAAGAAGAGCUAAUUCGCAUAAGGAAUCCCUGGGGUCAGGUCGAGUGGACUGGCGCAUGGAGUGAUAGCUCUUCUGAAUGGAAUGAUGUAGAUCCUGAUGAGAAGGAUGAAUUACAACUGAAGAUGGAAGAUGGUGAAUUCUGGAUGGCUUUUCGAGAUUUUAUGCGUGAGUUUUCUAGACUUGAGAUCUGUAAUCUCAGCCCAGAUGCUUUGACAGCGGCGGAUACAAAGAAAUGGCACACUACAUUAUUUGAAGGAAACUGGCGACGGGGCAGUACAGCUGGAGGCUGCAGAAACCAUCCAGCUACAUUCUGGAUUAAUCCACAAUUCAAAAUCAAGCUUUUAGAAGAAGAUGAUGACCCAGAUGAUGAUGAAGUAGCAUGCAGCUUCUUAGUGGCUCUGAUGCAAAAACAUCGAAGAAAAGAGCGCCACGCUGGAGGAGACAUGCACACCAUUGGCUUUGCCGUCUAUGAGGUUCCUGAAGAGGCCCAGGGCUGUCAAAGCGUUCAUCUGAAGAAGGACUUUUUUCUGAGGAACCAAUCUCAAGCACGUUCAGAGACCUUCAUCAACUUGCGAGAAGUCAGCAAUCACAUUCGCCUUCCACCUGGUGAAUACAUCAUAGUUCCCUCUACCUUCGAGCCUAACAAAGAAGCAGACUUCAUCCUGCGUGUCUUCACAGAGAAACAGUCAGACACAGAGGUGCUUGAUGAUGACAUCUCCGCAGAUCUACCAGAUGAGGAAGAAAUAUCUGAGGAUGAUGUAGAUGAAAAUUUCAGGAAUAUGUUCCAGCAGCUUGCAGGAGAGGACAUGGAAAUCAGUGUUUUUGAACUCAGAACUAUUUUGAAUAGAGUCAUUGCUAGACACAAAGAUCUGAAGACUGAUGGAUUCAGCAUGGACUCUUGUCGCAACAUGGUCAAUCUAAUGGAUAAAGACGGCAGUGCUCGUCUGGGUCUUGUAGAAUUUCAGAUUUUGUGGAACAAAAUCAGGAACUGGCUGAAUGUAUUUCGCCAGCAUGACCUGGAUAAAUCAGGAACUAUGAGCUCUUACGAGAUGCGUCUGGCCUUGGAAUCAACUGGUUUUAAACUGGACAACAAGUUGCAUCAAGUGAUAGUAGCACGCUAUGCUGAUGAAGCAAUGGGUGUGGACUUUGAUAACUUUGUCUGCUGUCUAGUCAAGCUGGAAACUAUGUUCAGAUUCUUCCGUAGUUUGGAUCCAGAAGGCUCUGGGAGUGCUGUGAUGAACCUUGGUGAGUGGCUGACAUUCACAAUGUGCGGCUAAUACAGUGAUGGAACUUCAUAAAGACGAGCAGAUGGGACUGGGCUAUCCUGAGUGCCUUCCAUAUGUCAGAUCUACAGACAUAGGAUGUCCCAUCAACUCUAUCCAUUCUUUGCCAACGCAUCCAGUCCAGAACCUGCUUUCUUCUUCCUCUUGGCAACAGACCCAACAAUAUCCUGUGAUUUAUGUUCUCUCAGAUUUACGUGUCAAAGCUUCUUCAGGAAGCAGGCUAUUUCCUGCUAUUAGCAUAGGUCUUGAUAGCAGCAUUAUAGGAAAUGGGGAAAAGCAAGUCAAUGGGCACAGAUGCAUGUUUGUUCAUUCACUGCAUGCAUGUUUUAGUGAUUUUAUUGAGCUUGUCAAGCCUUUGGAGUGAGCAAGAGGCAGGAUUGCAGUUCAGCUAUAUCUCCUGAUCAAUUAGUCUUUUUCUCUUCACUGGCUAUGGCUGAUUUUGAUCUUGCAAGAAAGCCUCACUCUUUUUGCUGGGAAGUUCUGCAUCUACUACUUUGCUUUUCUCUUGUGAGAAAGUUACAAAGGGAAUUGUAUCCCUAAUUCAACUUUCAACACAAUGCUUUCUAAAAUAAUGCAGUGACACUCUGAAGUGGUGCCAAAGGUUGGUGAAAUCAGGCAUUUGCCAAGAUGACUAAGAAACUCUGUUGUCACGGCCACUAUUUUCACUUCAUGAAGGAACUCAACAGAGGCAGAGGCAUAAUGCUCAGCUUACAAGCUCUGUUUCUUCCAAGGGAUGAUGGGACUGCAUUGAGAGUCCCUGCAGUUCAUAAACUAUACCAGAAACAGAUGUGCUCCAUAUUGAGGUUUCUGUUCUUUCACUAUUAAAUUAGAAAAGCUAAUCAUCCAAGUCAUUAGAACAGACUCAGCUAAGCAGCCUCUCCUGCUAGACUUGUACAAAAUCCUAGGUAGAAAAUGGUCGGAAAACAUCUUUACCAAUGACCACACUGGAGAGUGUGGCUCCCUUCCCUGCUUCCAAUGUAAGAACAGUCUUUCUAGAUUUAUUAAUUUCAAGUUUUAAAAACUAAUAUAGAAAUAGUGAAGUGUGCUUAAGGGUAUGCUUUCCUGUUUUUUUUAUUUAUCUCCACUAGACUUGGAGAUUUUUAACAACGAAAAUAUUUUUUUUAAAGCAAAACUAAAGUGUCUCUUGAACUUUAUGUUUUAUACAUAGUAAAUGAGAACAUCAACAUAUUGUGAAUAUAGCCUUCUAUUUCAGAAUAUUUUCUGUUCCUAUGCAACUAAGGAUGUUGUUUUGACAGAGCUUGGUGAAUGGGCUAGGACAGCUACUGCUGAAGUUGUAAGCAUAGAUCAGGUCACUACAUGCCUUGCACUCCAAGCUUUUAAGAGCAAUAUCUAUGUACAACAAACAAUGUGGCUUAAUUGAAGAAAAAUGUUACUUCUGAGUGUUGUUUCCAGUUAUGCCUCUGACUUGUCCUUGGCUAAAAAUAUCGCUUUCCCUCUCUUGGGUUGCUGGGGUUUUUUUGCUAGUAGCUUUAAUAUUCUGAAGGUAUCAGAGUGGAAUAAAAUAUCUACACAGGAAAUA